CAUACAAAAAAAAUUCUGACGGUAAAUGGUCAGUUUCCGGGGCCUACCAUCGAAGCCGAAAAAGGUGACACUAUAUUGGUUAGAGUUCACAAUCUUGCAGGAUAUAACAUCACCAUCCAUUGGCAUGGCGUGGAGCAGCCUAGGAACCCCUGGUCCGACGGGCCAGAGUACAUCACACAGUGUCCAAUCCAACCCGGAACUAACUUCACGUACACGAUCCUCUUCUCUGAAGAGGAAGGGACCCUCUGGUGGCAUGCCCACAGCGAUUGGAAUCGGGCAACGGUACAUGGAGCCAUUAUAGUGCACCCUCGGCGCGGUACCACCUACCCCUUCCCCAAGCCCUACAAGGAGAUCCCCAUCAUUCUAGGAGAAUGGUGGACGGCCAACGUGAGUGAAGUCAUAGAAGAUGCUCUCCGCACCGGCGGUGGCCCCAAGUUGUCCGAUGCUUUCACCAUCAACGGCCAACCAGGCGAUCUCUAUAACUGCUCCAAAUCAGGGACAUUCAAGGCCUUGGUAGAGUAUGGCAAGACCUACCUCCUCCGAGUGGUCAAUGCUGCCCUCAACGAGGAGCUCUUCUUCGCCAUCGCCGGACACCAGCUCACGGUGGUCGGCACCGAUGCGAGCUACACCAAACCCUUCACUACCGAAUUCAUUAUGAUCACACCGGGCCAGACCAUGGACCUCCUCUUAGAGGCCAACCAACAAUCAGUCAAUAAUUCUACCAACAAUCGCUACUACAUGGCGGCUUCGGCCUAUGCGAGCGCGAACGGCGUUGCCUCCGAUAACACCACAACCACAGCAAUCAUAGAAUACAUCAAUUCAUCGACCACGCGGCCACAAUUCCCCUCCCUCCCUGCCUCCAACGACACCGACUCGGCAACUAAAUUUACCGCCAAACUCCGAUCUCUUGCGAGCAAAGACCACCCGAUCCAUGUCCCCCAAACCAUCGACGAACGGAUCAUCAUCACCAUAGCCGUCAACGAGAUUUUAUGCCCGAAUCACUCAUGCCAAGGGCCCGACGGCAACCGGCUGGCCGCUAGUCUUAACAACAUAAGCUUUGUCGCCCCGCGGAUCGAUGUCCUUGAGGCCUACUAUCGGGAUAUCCACGGGGUAUAUGGGACAGGGUUUCCGAGUGAGCCGCCAUUCUACUUCAACUUUACUGGCGAUAACUUGCCCAAGAGCUUGUUGUUUCCAAAGACCGCGACGGAAGUCAGGGUCCUGGAGUACAAUACUAGCGUGGAGAUGGUGCUCCAGGGGACCAACCUUUUGGCAGGGUUGAACCAUCCCAUUCACUUGCAUGGCUACAGCUUCUACGUGGUGGGAAGGGGGUUCGGAAAUUAUGACAAGGAUAAGGACCCGGCGAAAUAUAACUUGGUAGACCCCCCAUUUGAGAACACUGUUACAGUGCCUAAGAAUGGGUGGGCCGCCAUCAGGUUCAGGGCCACAAACCCUGGUGUAUGGUUCAUGCACUGCCACUUGGAACGCCAUCUCAGCUGGGGAAUGGACACUGUGUUCAUAGUAAAGAAUGGUGUUGGCCCACAAGCUCGGUUGCUGCCUCCACCUCCAAACAUGCCUCCUUGUUAG